AUGGGAAAUGAGAAGGCAAAUUGUUAUUGGGAAGCAGAGCUGCCCCCUAAUUACGACAGGGUUGGGAUUGAGAAUUUCAUUCGUGCAAAAUAUGCUAACAACCCAAGCCUUUAUGCUGUUGAGCUGAUCAAUGAGCCUUUAGCACCUGGAGCAUCACUAGAUAGCAUAAUCAAGUACUAUAAAGCUGGUUAUGAAGUUGUUCGAAAGUACUCCAAAACAGCUUAUGUGGUUAUGUCAAACCGGUUAGGACAAGCUGAUCCUAAAGAACUCUUUCCUCUUGCUAGUGGUUUAGAGAGGACAGUGAUUGAUGUACAUUACUACAACCUCUUCUCUGAUGUCUUUAACAACAUGACUGUCCAACAAAACAUCAACUUCAUCAACACCAACCGAACAGCUGAUUUGAAUCUGGUUACUACAUCAAAUGGGCCUCUCACUUUUGUGGGGGAAUGGGUUGCAGAAUGGAAGGUAAGUCGGGCCACGAGAGAGGAUUACCAAAAGUUUGCUGAUGCCCAAUUGCAAGUGCAUGGGCGGGCCACCUUCGGCUGGGCUUAUUGGACCCUCAAGAAUGUCAACAACCAUUGGAGUCUUCAAUGGAUGAUCCAGAAUGGUUAUAUCAAACUCUAG